CAACCCUCCUCCCGACCUAACAACAACGCAGUAGUAACAUUCAUCUUUGUAUCACACAUUCGUGAAUUAAACAUCAAAAUGCCUACCGAUGCUCAAGUUGCUGGUGGCCACAAGGCUAACCUGAAGAACCCCAAUUCUUCGGAAGAGAGCAAGCAGCACUCCAAGGAAGUGCUUGACCAGGAGUUCAAUGGUGGAGAUGUUCCCAAGGCUGGGGAUAAUGAGGAGAAAAACCCAAAUAAUGUUGCUGGUGGACUUAAGGCCACCAUGAAUAAUCCUAAUGUAUCGGAGGAGGCUAAGCAGAAUGCCAAAGAGCGCCUCGAUGACAUGUAAUGAUGUGUGGUUAAGCUGAAAUAGAUACUUGUGACUCACAGCUCCAACGUUUUACAUCACACUAUAUUAGGCG